CGCAACCGCCCUUUGGCAGAGCUUUUCGCGAAGGCAGGUGUGGCGCUGAGCGCAUAGGCGAGGCAUUCCUGGGGUUUCCGCCGUAUCUCUUUACAAAGUCCUGGCUUUGGCUGGUGCUACCAAAGAAAGGAAACCGGCGCUUGAGACUUGUCUGGGCUGGCUAUGGUGAAGCAGUGAAACGGUGCAGAAUUGUGUCAAUGAGGCUAGUUCAGUUGUGCAAGAGCAUUUCCUCAAAGUAAGACAGAAGCUUUUAGUUAAGUCAACACCUGCUAAUGUUAGGCUGGCCAGAAAUUUCCUGACAAAUAAUGGGUGAAGGUCGGGCGCGUGGUCGCUCAUGCCUGUAAUCUCAGCGCUUUGGGAUCACUUGAGGUCAGGAGUUUGAGACCAGCUUGGCCAACAUGGCGAAACCCCAUCUCUACUGAAAGUACAAAAAUUAGCCGUGUGUGGUGGCGCGCAUCUGUAAUCCCAGCUACUCUGGAGGCUGAGGCAGGACAAUCGCUUGAACCCAGGAGGCAGAGGUUGCAGUGAGCCGAGAUCACGCCACUUAAAAGAAAAGAAACGAAACUUUGUUGGUGACCAUGUGGUGAUGAAAGUGAGCGUUUUGGAGCGCAGCAAGGUGACUCCCCAUGUAAUUAGUAUAGACAGAGAGUUUGUGCUCUAAAGGUUAGAAAUAAAUGUUUUCGGCCUGGUGGCUCAUGCCUGUAAUCCCAGGACUUUGAAAGGCUGAGCCAGGCGGAUCACCUGAGGUCAGGAGUUCGAGACCAGCCUGGCCAACAUGGUGAAACCCGUCUCUAUUAAAGAUACAAAAAUAAGCCAGGCGGAAGAAGUCACUUAGCUCUUCGCUGGUUGUCACACGUCCGGAGGCCGAGCCGUCGCGUACCUAGGAUACCUGGAAGCCGAAGCCACACCUCCCGCAUGGCACCUCCGGCCAGCCGGGCCCCUUAGAUGAGAGCUGCACCCAGGCCAGCACCAGUCGCUCAGCCACCAGCAGCGGCUCCGCCAUCUACAGUUGGCUCUUCUGCUGCUGCGCCCCGGCAGCCAGGUCUGAUGGCCCAGAUGGCAACCACUGCAGCUGGCGUGGCUGUGGGCUCUGCUGUGGGGCACACACUGGGUCAUGCCAUUACUGGGGGCUUCAGUGGAGGAAGUAAUGCUGAGCCUGCGAGGCCUGACAUCGCUUACCAGGAGCCUCAGGGAACCCAGCCGGCACAGCAGCAGCAGCCUUGCUUCUAUGAGAUCAAAGAGUUUCUGGAGUGUGCCGAGAACCAGGGUGACAUCAAGCUCUGUGAGGGUUUCAGUGAGGUGCUGAAACAGUGCCGACUUGCAAACGGAUUGGCCUAAUCAAGAAGUUCAACCUGGAGAGAUGGAAAAUCAGCUCUCAUACUAAUUAAUUUAGUAUAAAAAUAGAAUUGGUAGUGAGGGUAUAAAGUGUAAGCAUCAGUUAAACUUCUCCUGUCAUUCCUAGCUUCCUUGCUUCAGAAUUGAAAUGGAAGGGAGGGUGUUCCUACUCUGUAGAAUCUGGGACUGGGCAAAUGUUUGUGUGGCCUCCUUAAACUAGCUGUUAUGAUUUUAUUAUUUGUGAGUUAAUUAGAAUAAAGUCAUUUUCUUCCAAAAAAGAAAAAAAAAUAGCCAGGCAUGGUGGUGCACGCCUUUAAUCCCAGCUACUAGGGAGUCCGAGGCAGGAGAAUCGCUUGAACCUGGGAGGCAGAGGUUGCAGUGAGCCGAGAUGUGCCACUGCACUCCAGCCUGGGCAACAGGAUGAGACUCCGUCUCAAAAAAAUAAUAAUAAUAAAUAUUUUCACUCCACAACUGUCUUCCAAUUUGGAGAGUCUGCGGUUUACUAGCUAUGUGAACUCGGGUACAUUAAUUAAAAUCCCCAUGCCUCAGUUUCUUUAUCCAUGAAAUGGGAAUGAUUACUCACAGUUCCUGUCUCUGAGGACUUCUAGAAGGAUGAAAUGAGGUCUUACAUGUAGCAAUAUAAACUGGUAGUGAGGACUGAGCUUGAGUCAGAUUACCUGCUUUGAAUCCUUGUGCCGUCAUGUACUGCUUGUGUAUCCUUAGGCAAGAGACUGUCCCUCCUCUAUCCUUCAGUUUCAUCUGUAAAAUGAAGAUAAUACCUCCUAGGAUUUCUGUGAGAAUUAAGUGACUCAAUACACAUAAAGUGCUUAGAAGAGUGUCCGGCACAAAGUCAAUAUUUGGAAAUGUUAGCAAUCAUUUGGAAGGUGCUUGACGCACAGUGUUGAUCAAUAAAUGGGACUUAUUCUUCUUGGUAGCACUGCUGGUCUAGAGCAGGAUUCUGGUUUCUGAGCUCUCCCUGCUCUCAACCUCCACGCCACCCCAUCCUGACUUAAAAUUAAGGACUGGAAAUAUCUCUAGCCAUUUAUGGUCACAGGUAAUGGAGGUUCAAAGUGUGUCUCAUAGAGUGAUGAGAAAAGUAGGAGUCUACACUCUGAGCCAGAUCCCAAGACGCUAUUGAGCAGAGUCCAAAAGGGGUGAGGCCCAAGAGGAAAGCAGCUGAGGGGCAAAGAGCUGUGGGAACUCUGCUACAGAAGUG